AUGUCGCUUUUCGGAGAGUCACCACCGCCGACGCCUGCUGCACGCCAGAACAAGUCGUCGCUGUUUGACGACGACGAUCAACCUGCCGCUCGCAGCACCUCGGCCAGCUCGGGUCUGUUUCCUGAGACCAACGACGCAGACGACGGCCAAUCGCCCUGGGACUUUCCUGCUCCUAAGAAGGGCAACAGCACCCGCCAGCGAGGAGACUUGAUCAAGACCCUGCUGCCGCCCAGCGAUGUGCCUGAAUCCUAUGUCAACCUCUUUGAUGCCUUGCUGUCGCAGAGUACCGCUCAAGGCGGUGUCACCCUUCGCCAAAUCAAGAACCUGUUGUCAGGAAGUAGCAUCGGACAACCCGAGCAGUCCAAGAUUCUCGAGCUCAUCAGCGCAACCGCCGCCGACGACUCACGUGUGCUAGGUCGCGGCGAGGUCAAUGUUGUUCUGGCCCUGAUUGGACUGGCACAGGAGGGCGAAGAGCUUGGUCUGGAUGCAGUCGACGAGCGUAGAAGACAGUUGCCAGUGCCGAACCUACCCUCUCUCACCGCCCCUCCCAAGCAAGAGCAGAAGCCUUCCCGAACCCCCACCGGUCCUCCUACCCAAGCAGACUCGGGUGCCACACAGCCUCAAAACAUCGAAACUCCUGGCUUUGGCUUUGGCGACGACCCAUGGGGGAGUCCCUCCUUGCACAAGAACCAUCACCACGAACCUGCCGCUGCUCCUNCAUACNGCUCAGGCUGCCGCUCCUCGUACCCCAACGGCAGCGUCAAUGGUCGCGCAGAACCUCCCCACGUCCGAACGACAAGCAACUUCACCACCACUUCCGUUGCCGACAAGUCUGACUCGCCGACUACUGAGCCUUCCUCGUUCGAACCAUCUCGACCCACAACAGCUGAGAGUGGAUGGGGUGGCUACUCUGCUUCUAACGAUGGCUUCAAUGCUGCCCCCGGCAACGAAGGCUUCGGCGAACCACAGUCCGACAACAAUCAAAUCUCGAGCACCGUGAGGAGACCACUUGGCGUGUCAAGACCUAGUGGUGCAACAGGCCCUGAAGAACUCGUUACUGUCAACGUACUCGAAGGCAAAGAAGGCAUGUUUCUGUUCCAGCAUCGCAACUACGAGGUGUCCAGCAUCAGGAGGAACAGUCGUGUCAUUCGUCGCUACAGCGAUUUUGUUUGGUUGCUGGACUGCCUGCACAAGAAGUUCCCAUUCAGACAGCUUCCUCUAUUACCACCCAAGCGUGUAGCCAUCAAUGGCAAGCACAUAGCGGCAGACAAUCUUUUUAUUGAGAAGCGAAGGAGAGGACUGGCACGCUUCACCAACGCACUCGUGCGCCACCCUGUCCUAAGUCAAGACCAGCUAGUGAUCAUGUUCUUGACUGUACCUACGGUAGACGUUCGGCCCCUGCCCUAUGCUUCUAUCUCUGUGCAAGAAGAAUUUACCGACAAGCCUCUCCCUCCAGGUCUCGAAGACUCGCUGCCCCAGAAUCUCUCCGACCUGUUCGAGACAGUACGAAGUGGAGUGCGCCGCUCUACCGAGGUUUAUAUCAACAUGUGUGGCAUGGUCGAGCGACUUAUAAAGCGCAACGAAGGCAUCGCGAGCGAAUAUGUCCGACUCUCCAUGGCCCUCGGAAGUCUGGCCGAGUGCUCCGCCGACACCUACGCAAUGGACACCAAUGAGGUCGAGCUGUUGAACGGUGGUCUCAAUGGCACAGCCAAACACCUCUCCACCAAUCAGAGUCUUCUCGAAGAUGAGGCAAGAGCUUGGGAUUUGGGCGUUUUGGAAGAUCUCAAGCGGCAGCGCGAUGCUUUGGUCAGCAUGCGGGACAUGUUCGAUCGUCGUGAUCGCUAUGCACGCGAUAACAUUCCCCAAUUGGAACGUCGCAUUGCCUCGAAUGAGAGCAAGCUGGCUGGUAUUCGUGCACGACACGACCUUACUGACGAGAGCAGGNACAAGCAAUCAAUAGUCGACCAGCACGCCCGCGGCGUCUUCAUCAAGGAGUGUGUCCGUGACGAGAUCGUCCACUUCCAGUCCUCUCAGUAUCAUGUCAGCAGAAUGCACCAAGAGUGGUCACAAGAGCGUGUCAAGUAUGCCGAGUUGGGCUCAGAGAACUGGAGAUCAUUGAGCGAGGAGCUUGAAGCAAUGCCGCUCGGCGAUUAA